CUGCGUGUUUGCAACUCCUCUCGCAAAUUUGAGGAUUUCUUUGCCAUCACCAUGCCAUCCAGAGAGUCCGUUCCUUCUGAAUCCACAGCAUAUGCUGUAGAUCCCAAGCGAUUUGCUUUCACUCCUCGAAAACUCAGAGUCGUCUGCAUUGGAGCGGGCUUUUCGGGACUGAUCCUUGCACACAAGCUCAAGCACGAGCAGCCUCUUGAGUUUGUCGACUUCACCAUCUAUGAAAAGAAUCCCGAGGUAGGGGGUACUUGGUUUGAGAACAUCUACCCUGGUGUGGGCUGCGACGUGCCUGCUCACAGUUAUGUAUUUCCCUUUGAGCCCAAUCCGUCCUGGUCGCAAAGCUAUGCCAAGGGCCCGGAAAUCGAGGAAUACAUCCGAUCGACAACUGAGAAGUACGGGCUGAAGGAGAAGAUCAUCUUCAACACCCGACUUGUCAAGUCUGUUUGGAACGAGGAACGGGGUAAAUGGGUCCUCGAGCUCAACCAGAACGAUACAACUGUCUACGAUGAAGCAGAUAUUCUCAUCAAUGCCGGAGGCAUCCUCAAUCGGUGGAAGAUGCCCACGAUUGAAGGUCUGAACCGGUUUGAGGGCAAGCUCCUCCACACAGCGGGUUGGGAUCCGGCCUACGACUGGUCCGACAAAAAGAUCGCUGUCAUCGGUAAUGGCUCCUCGGGGAUCCAGAUCGUGCCUGCGCUGCAGCCUAAGGCUGCCCGGAUCGUCAACUACAUCCGCCAUCCAACAUGGGUGUCGGUCAAUUUGUGCCCGGACACGACCAGGGAUGGAAUGGGUACCAACUUUGUAUACACCGAAGAAGAAAAGGCCCGAUUUCGGGAUGACCCUGAGGGUUUUCUGGAAUACAGGAAGUUUAUCGAGCGCUCAGUCAAUACCGUCUACAAGCUGAUGCUCAAGGGAUCCGAGUACAAUCAGAUGCUAUACACAGCGACAGAGCAAUUGAUGAGGCAGCGUCUUAGCAAGAAUCCACACCUAAUCAAGAAGCUCAUCCCCGACACUGCUAUCGGAUGUCGUCGUCUUAGCCCCGGAGACGGAUAUCUAGAAGCCAUGCAGGAGCCCAACGCAGAGUGGUGCUUUGAUCCCAUUGAGAGCAUCACCAAGACUGGCAUCCAGACCGCCCAAGGUGAGGAGGAAUUUGACCUCAUUGUCUGCGCCACAGGUUUCGACACCACCUUCAUCCCUGGUUGGGAGAUGGUAGGCCGGAACGGUCGUCAGCUCGCUCACGACUGGAAGACGACACCCGAGGCAUAUUUCUCCAUCUGCUGUCCUGGCAGUCCCAACUAUUUCAUGUUCGCCGGGCCUAACUGCCCUAUUGGUCAUGGAAGCGUCCCUCAGAUGCUAGCCUGGACUGCGGACUACAUUCUGCAGUGGGUGAAGAAGAUUUCCCGGGAAGAUAUUCACUCCGUUGUCGUAACCGACUCCGCAAACCAGCUGUAUAACCGCCAUGUCCAGGCAAACCUGAAACAUACCGUCUGGAGCUCAGGCUGCACUGCCUGGUACAACAAUGGCUCGGCUGUCACGGCCAUGUAUCCUGGCAGUGUUCUUCACUUCAAAGAGGCCAUCUCUGCCAUCCACGGCGAAGACUUUGAUAUCCGCUACCAAAAUAACGCUAACCCCUUUGCCUAUCUUUCGAAUGGCGAGCUGGAGUGGGAGAGAACAGAGGGGGCAGAUUUGGCGUUUUAUUUGAAAUAGGCCUGUAUUGGGUGGACUACUUAGUAAUAUCAUGUAUAUGAAUGAAUGAUGAGACUGG